AUGCUGGGUGUUAUAAGGCGGAAAGCGGCUUCCGGCGCCGAGGUUUACAAGAAAUCGUUGUCUAAGCUCAAACCUACAGUAUCUACACCACGAGCAUGCGCAGCUGCUCCAGAAGAGAUCCCGUACUACACCAGGGGCGUUGGCAAUGCUCGGGCUUUUUCCGCCAUGGCUGGACGAACAAUGUCUCUGAUUCCAAAGAGGAAGUUACUACAUCCUGUACAACAAGAUUUAAACAUGCAAAGUUGGAGCAGGCCAUUUAGUUCCAAUUCUGAUGGUGAUGUUGUCGAAGCUGUUGUCCCAUUUAUGGGUGAAUCUAUUAGUGAUGGCACAUUAGCUGCAUUCUUGAAAAAACCCGGGGAUAGAGUAGAAGUUGAUGAGCCAAUUGCGCAGGUUGAAACAGACAAGGUCACAAUUGAUGUCAAUAGUCCUGAAGCAGGGGUGAUUCAGAAGUUUAUAGCUAGCGAAGGAGAUACUGUAGAACCUGGCACCAAGGUUGCUAUCAUAUCAAGAUCUGGUGAAGGUGUAACACAUGUUGCACCUUCUGAUGAAAAACCAUCCUCAAAAGCUUCUCAACCAUCAACUUCUCCCUCUGAAGAAAUAAAGGAGAAACCUACGCCUAAAGUCGAAACAACUCCUGUUGUAGAAAAGCCAAAAGGAACCCCUCCCUCUCUUCCCCCGAAAACACCAGCUACAGAACCGCAGUUACCCCCUAAAGAUAGGGAAAGACGAGUUCCUAUGACUAGGCUUAGGAAAAGAGUUGCCACACGUUUAAAGGAUUCUCAGAACACCUUUGCAUUGCUGACAACAUUUAAUGAAGUUGACAUGACUAAUCUAAUGAAACUUCGCUCUGAUUACAAGGACUCAUUUGUUGAAAAGCAUGGAGUGAAGCUGGGACUAAUGUCUGGAUUUGUGAAAGCGGCUAUUAGCGCUCUACAGAAGCAGCCAAUAGUGAAUGCUGUUAUUGACGGCGAUGACAUCAUUUACAGAGACUACAUUGACAUAAGCAUUGCUGUUGGUACCCCCAAGGGUCUUGUUGUUCCCGUUCUCCGUAAUGCUGAAAGCAUGAACUUUGCUGAGGUCGAAAAGGCGAUCAACACCCUUGCUAAGAAGGCCAACGAUGGCACUAUUUCAAUAGAUGAGAUGGCUGGUGGAACAUUUACCAUAUCGAAUGGUGGUGUUUAUGGAAGUCUUUUGAGUACUCCCAUCAUCAAUCCUCCACAGUCUGCUAUACUGGGGAUGCACUCUAUUGUGAACCGGCCAAUGGUGGUGGGGGGCAACAUAGUAGCGAGACCCAUGAUGUACAUUGCUCUGACUUACGACCACCGGCUGAUUGACGGUAGAGAGGCUGUUUUCUUUUUGAGAAGGAUCAAAGAUGUGGUGGAAGAUCCUCGUCGGCUGCUCUUGGAUGUUUGA